AUGAAUCACCGUAGCGGCUUUUCCGCUCUCGGCCGACUAUUUGAACGUGUUGCGAUGGAUUACGGUGGUGUUUCUACACCACUAGGCGCCGAUACGUCCACAACAACGUUCAGCGAUGAAUCAGCUAUUGAUGAUUCGUCAACAAAGGCAGAGUUUUUUUCUCCCAAGCAUGAUAGCUCGUUUUGGAAGCGGCGGAGGAGGAGCUAUAUUAAUAAUUACGACUCGAAGUCUAUACAACGUAUCAGGGAGAUAAGAAAGGCGUUAGGUCGUGUUGAAAUAGAAAGCAAGCCGUAUCUGGACUUCCGUUUGAGGUUUGCUGAGGAUAUGGCAAUAAACUCGCUUAUAUUGGCCAGCCGAAAACGUCUAUCAAAAAGUAUAUCUGCGAGCCCCAGUAUGCUUUUUGGUCCGUGUGAAUCGGAGGGUCUGGUGUCUGCGAAGAAGCAACGUGAAGAAGUCGUAAAUGAUCUCAAUCAAAGAUGUCUUUUGUGUCUCUUUGAGCGGGCUGCCUCGGAAGUUGAAAGGUUUAUUAUGUGCGAGGAGGCAACACCCCCGUUGGUGCAAACCAAGUUUUCCAAUCGUUAUGCUGAUGUGCAUUAUGAUGGAAGUUCGACGGACUUGGAUUUAAUGGAUCAUACGUUGGUCAACGGAUCAAGCCUAGUUAAGUUGUACUCUGUGAUACGUGAGUUAUGUCGAACAAAUGAUGGUAUCAUUUAUAAGGCACGACAUCGUCUGACAGGCGUUGUCUACUGUAUCAAACGAUCAGUACGUCGGUCUUCGGUGGGUCGUUCCGAAGAUAGCCUCUCGAAUGCGCUGAAUGAAUCUCAAGCGCUGAGUGUGUUGAGGCACACGAACAUUGUCAGAUUCUACAAUUCGUGGGUGGAGGCGGGCUCACUGCUUACGCAGUUGGAAUAUUGCCUUGGCGGAAGCUUAUUUGACUGCCUCAAUGAAGUAGCGCUGACCCACAACGCGCCUUCGGUGGCGCUUAAUGCUGACAGCGAUGAUGAUGCCAGUGCUGGGUAUCAGGUGCAAGGUUUCAACUCUCAUCGGUCAGCUUUAAGUAGCCCUUCGGCUGCAACUCUUACUAAGUUACUAAGUGAUAUCGCCCGCGCCUUAGACUAUCUACACACAAAGUGGUGCAUGGCACACAAGAAAGUAGGAUUGAAGACCAUCUUGGUUCAGCUGAAGCCGCAGGCUGCACGCAAAGCCUACAGGUCAGACGAGAAAAUGAAUGAUGCGCGGAGGCGCUGCUGCGAGCUCCUUCUGUCAGGUGAAACUAACGGAUUGGAUUUCAAGUUGUCUGACUUUGGUGGGGCGUCGAGAGUAAGUGAACAGGAGGACGUUCGUGAUUCUGACGUGUACGCCCUCGGCGUGACAGUUUGUCUUACGGCCAGGGGGGUAGGGCUUUCACCUGCUGACAACGAGCUGAAUGAGGUAUACCCCUCCAGCGUUUGCGCUUCCCUUCAGCCUAUUCUGCAGCUCAUGCUGAAGCCGUUGGCUGUGGAUCGAGUGACCGCGUCAGACGUGCUAGAAUACAUUGCGGCGUCCAGCAAUGAUGACAAAAGUACGGAUCCUGCUGGCGAUCCCCCUAGAUCCCCUUUUAAGUUAAAGUUAUCCUCUAGUCUUGGCCGCAAGGAUAGCGAUGCCAAAACAAGUAAGAAGAUUGGCCAUCGUCGGGUUACCAAUCAGGGCACCGUCACCUAUAAAAAGACACCCACUUCGGAGAUUCAACGGGCCAUUCAGCUAGGCAUCCAGCACAGCAUUGGCACUCUCCAGCAGAAGCAAGUCCGUGAUGUUCUCUUUCGAGACUUUGAAGUGGUGGAGACCGUGGACUUUCCUCGAUCUGGCACCAAGACGACGCCUGCUCAUGGACUCUCUGAUUUCCGUUUUCGAACAUUCGCCCCUGUUGCAUUUCGCUCAUUUCGCGACCAAUUUCAACUGGAUAUUCGGGACUACUUGCAUUCCCUAUGCUCUCAGGAGCUUCGUGAACUUUCCAAUCCUGGUGCCAGCGGAUCUAUCUUUUACAUCUCAGCAGACGAUGAAUUCAUCAUUAAGACUGUUCAACACAAAGAGGCCAAUUUCCUUCAGAAACUUCUUCCUGAGUACUACAUGAAUCUGGUGCAACACACACGAACUUUGCUACCCAAAUUUUACGGUCUUCACUGUUAUCAGAGCUCGGGGAAGAACAUCCGUUUUGUGGUGAUGAACAAUCUAUUACCCUCGUCGGUGAAGAUGCACGAGCGCUAUGACCUUAAAGGCUCCUCGUACAAGCGGAAGGCGAAUGAACGCGAAUUGGCCAAGACAUCUCCUACCCUCAAAGAUCUCGACUUCAAGGAGAGACACCCUAAUGGUAUUUGGCUGGAGGCCGAUACCUACGAUGCCUUGAUGAAGACCAUUGAACGCGACUGCAGGGUGCUUGAAUCCUUUCAAAUCAUGGACUACUCCCUCCUCCUUGGUGUUCACAACUUUGACCGAGCGGAGCGUGACAGGCAAAAUCGGAAGAGCGAGCGAUCGCCUGAUAAUGGUAUAGUUGCCAAUGCGGUGUCGGGAGCCGGAGGUACAGAGCAGAAUCUACGCACGCUCACUCUGUCCGAAUCCUCGAAGAGACGGAGCGACGGCGACGCCGUAGGUCGGGUGCGCCGCUCCACCUCGCCUUUCGCCCGCAACGCAUUCCGCGCUCGUUCGGGUAACAAACGCCUCGCCGCUUACUCCACCGCUAUGGAGUCUAUAGAGGCCAAGACCGAACCCGUCGAAAUCGAGCCCACUGACUCCGAGAAAGCCACCCUACUUGGUGGUCUACCCGCUCGCAGUUAUUCCGGUGACCGGCUGUUCCUCUUUAUUGGCAUAAUUGACAUUCUACAGAGCUACCGGAUGGUAAAAAAAAUGGAGCAUACUAUCAAAUCUGUCGUUAUUGAUGCGGAGACCGUAUCUGUGACGAAUCCCAGUUUCUAUGCGAAACGUUUUCAAAAUGCUCUAGGCAAUUGUAUAUUCCGAAGAACUCCUUACCCUUGGCCACGCCAGCGUUUCUUGAAUACUGUCUCAAGAUACUCAUCAGGCUGCUCCUCAGGUUAUUCUACAAUGGUGAACAACCACAAUUGCGGUGCGGGGUUGGUCCCGGAUCUGCCCUAUCCCGACUACACUCAUCCUGCUUCCGUCCCGAUUUGUCGCACUAGACCCUCUCCAGGCACCGAACCAUGUCUCUUUGACUCCUCGCGUGGUGAGCUCUCUUGGUGUGAGCAAUCCAUCAUUAGUCUUCGAAUGGGCUCGGAAUCAGACCUCUCCGACAGCAACACAACCUCCACUAGUAGUGAUAUCAGUGCUAACGGCAAGAUCGUGCCCGCCGACGGUACUGUGAUGACUACGCAGGGCAAACGCACCGUUGAAGAGUUGGAUUCGCAGUUGGUAGCUGUGCAGAAAUUGGUUCGACGAGAGCGGGCUCGUAAGCAGCUAGAGGAGGCCUACAAGAAUCGGUCGGUGGCGAGUCUGCACCUCUUGGCAAUGAGUAAUGCGUCGACGCCACCUCUGCCUCUACACUACGCCACAGUGUCUCGCCGAAGUGCACCACGCGCCUUUUUGAUGCCCAAACCCGUCGAUUUGCGCAACCGCACACCUGUGCAGCGUAGCAAUUGUGUCACUACUUCAUCGCCACCGCUGCCUUCGUUAUCCAAACCACAACCAGCAAUACCCAUCGCCGCUGUUGUCUCCACCUCCUCCCUCUCUGUCUUCAUGCGCGAUGCUGAAUCGGACUUUGACAAGGCGCUCUGA